AUGGGGAAGGACGUUGAGGUUGCUGAACACGGCCAUUUCUCCGCCAAGGACUACCACGACCCACCUCCGACGCCUUUGAUCGAUGCCGUGGAAUUGACCAAGUGGUCCUUCUACAGGGCUCUCAUCGCUGAAUUUAUUGCCACUCUUUUGUUUCUCUACAUUACUGUGUUGACGGUCAUCGGUUACAGAAGCCAGACUGACCAAGCCCACAACGGUGGUGAUUGUGAAGGAGUUGGCAUCCUUGGCAUCGCUUGGGCUUUUGGUGGCAUGAUCUUCAUCCUUGUUUACUGCACUGCCGGUAUCUCUGGAGGGCACAUUAACCCAGCGGUGACGUUCGGGCUGUUCUUGGCGCGUAAGGUGUCGCUGAUCCGAGCCGUGAUGUACAUGGUGGCACAGUGCCUGGGGGCCAUCUGCGGUGUUGGGCUGGUUAAGGGAUUCCAGAAGGCUUACUACAUGCGCUCCGGUGGUGGAGCAAACUCAUUAGCCCUUGGAUAUAGUAAGGGCGUUGGAUUGGGGGCCGAGAUCAUCGGUACCUUCGUCCUCGUCUACACGGUCUUCUCCGCCACUGAUCCCAAAAGGAACGCCAGAGACUCCCAUGUCCCGGUUUUGGCGCCGCUCCCCAUCGGAUUCGCGGUGUUCAUGGUUCACCUGGCCACCAUCCCAAUCACCGGAACCGGCAUUAACCCGGCAAGGAGUCUUGGAGCCGCUGUCAUCUACAACAAAGACAAGGCUUGGGAUGACCAUUGGAUCUUCUGGGUUGGACCUUUCACUGGAGCUGCCCUCGCAGCGCUCUAUCAUCAGUACAUUCUGAGAGCAGCAGCCAUUAAAGCUCUGGGGUCCUUCAGGAGCAACCCUCACGUCUAAAUUUUCAAGAGUCCAUGCCGCUUCCAUCACUCGCGUCGCCAAACAGUAAUUUUAAUAAUAAUGAAUUUUGUUUCUUCAAGUCAGUCUGAAGGUCCCGUCUCCUUGGCUCUUGCUAUGCCUCUCUCCUUGCUUUCUUUUCUCUUCGAUACCAAAGAAACAGAUGUGUGCCAUUGUGUGUGGGAGACAGAGAGUUGAGGACCCAAAGAAUUGUAGAUAAGAUGUCUUUGGGAGGAGAGGUUGGGGGGAGUGUUUUAUGUAAUCCCAUUGGGUCUUUCUCAUCAACAUUUGCUUUUAAUUUUAAUGUAUCCAAGUGCUGUCGUAGUUAAUCUUUUCCUGUAUUUUUUUUUUGCUGCUGCUUUUUUACGUUUAGUCAUGAUGCUUCCUGAUAAAAGUAGAAACGAGUGGUUUGGUUUUGUCUUAGAUUCUACUUGAUCGGUUUCUCUCAUUUGAUUCUCAACUUGUGGUAAUUAAUUGUCACAUCACAUGGUGGCUUUGUUUGAAA